AUGAGUCUUGCCGGCAAAGCGUUCAUCGUCACGGGGGGGGCGUCGGGGAUCGGGAGGAGCGCGGUCAGGAAGCUGCUCGGGCUCGCGGCCGAGGUGCACGUAGUCGACGCGGCGAGCGACGUGGCGACGCACGAGGGCCUCGCGGGCCGGCAGCGCAACCACGCAAACGUCGACGUCGCGUCGCGCGCGCAGGUGAGGAACGUGCUGGACCGCAUCGCCGCGCAGAGCGACGCGCCGCUCGGCGGGCUGGUGCACUGCGCCGCCAUUCUGCGUCCCACCGAGGCCUCCGAGGCCGGCGACGACCAGCUCCGCCGGCUCUGGGACGUCAACGUCGUCGGGACGUGGAACGUCAACACGGAGCUGUACCGGCUCGUCAGGGCCGCGCGGGGCUCCGGCUCCGGCUCCGGCUCCGGCUCCGGCGCCCGGCCGAGCGUCGACGCCCUCGCCAGCAUCGUCAACAUGGCCUCCAUGGCGUCGCUCAGGGGCAUCCCCGACGUGCCGGGGUACGUGGCCACCAAGCACGCCGUCCUCGGGCUCUCUCGCUCCUUUGCCCAGUCCUGGGCCUCGGUCGGCCUGAGGGUCAACUGCGUCGCGCCCGGCGCCGUCAACACCCCCAUGAUACGUGGAAUGGUCAUUGACGCCGGCUCGCCCUACAAGGGGGUUCUGAGGCACGUCCUCGAGCCCGACGAGGUUGCCGACACAAUCGUCUUCCUGUUGGGCGAGGGCUCGUCGGCCAUCACGGGGCAGGUGGUCGAGGUGAAUGGCGGCUGGCCUUGA